AUGGCCGAUGUGCCGCCCGCCGCCGCACCGCCUAGUGCCGAUGCCGAUCCGGCUGCUGCCGCAAGGGCUGCAGCGCGCAACGAGCUCGACACGCUCCUCUUUGGCAACUUUCCGGCUAAACUCGACAUGGCGGCGCUCGAGCGGACAAUCUUCUACGGGGCGCCGUCGAACGGGUAUCGGGCGCUGGCGUGGAAGGUCUUUAUCGGCUAUCUGCCUCCCGAAACCGCGGCGUGGGCCGAGGUGCUUGCAGAGCAGCGUGAGGCUUACUGGGGCUUUGCGCGCGAGUUUGAGCUUGCGCCGCAGCCGCGAUGGGCGCCGUCGAGCGGAUACGUGGGCGAGCCGGUCGAGUGGCCGCCGCCGCGCAACAUCAACCCGGACGACCCCGACUUUGCAGCGCGCGAGAUUGCGCGGCGGGUGUUCAACGAUGUCGAGCGGACGUGUCCCGAGUCGCCAUUCUACCAGGCCGGACCGCCGGAUGCCGAGGUGCGCCCGCAGGACCGCAAGCUGCAGCGCAUGCUCUAUACAUAUGCGCGGCUCAACCCGGGCAUCGGGUACAUACAGGGCAUGUCCGAGCUGAUCGCUGUCCUGUUCUACACCUUUUCCCAGCCGGCGCCACACCUGAGCGAGCCAGCGCCGCAUGAGGCGGACGAGCUCUCCCGUCUCCGCCCGUUGCUGGGAGAUGAUCCCGAGGCCGAUGCCUUUUGGUGCCUCACGGAGCUGUUCUCGGCCAUCCGCGACUCGUUCAACCGCGAGAUGGACUCGGCCGACUCGGGCGUCAUGAACGACAUGAUCCACCUCAACAACAUGCUCAAGGUCAACGACGAGACCCUCUGGGCCGCCCUCGAGGACAAGGGCGUCGAUCACCGGUUCUACUCGUUUCGUUGGCUCACGCUUCUGCUCUCGCAGGAGUUUCCGCUCGACCAGGUGCUACGGCUGUGGGACUCGCUGCUUGCCGACCCGUUCCGGUUCACCAAAAAGUGGUUUCUCUACCAUUUUAGCGCAGCCAUGCUCCUCAUGCUGCGCUCGCAGCUCCUUGCCCUCGAGUUUAACGCCAUUGUUCCGCUGCUCCAGUCGUAUCCGCCCGAGCUGGGCGUUGAAACCCUCUUCCCGCUUGCCCUGGCCGUCCGCAAGGGCCGCUACGCCGCGCCCGACUCGUACAACCACCAGCGACUGAUGGAAGGCACACUCUACCACCGCGUCUCGGCCGAUGAAUGGCUCUUGCAGUUUUUCCUCCUCAAGCGGUCGCGGGCCCAGCCGUGCCUCCGCCUCCUGCGCUACGACGUCGACCCGCGGUUUACCCAAGUCUCCUCGCUCGUCCUCGACUCGAACCGUUUCCGGGUCGAGGACGUGGAUCCGCGCGACGGUGCCUCGCUUCUGGCUGGCAUGCACGUCUUUGUCCUCGUCCAGGGUCCAAAGCGUUUCUUCUUUGCCGCACCGUCGCAGCAGGUCAAGUGGCAGUGGAUGGCCGCGCUGUCGCGGGCGGGCUCGCAGGACAAGCUAGGCCUCUCAGCCGCCGAGUCGUCGUCGCCAACCCUCGUCCAUGCCUCGACCAUGAUGGUCGACUACAUCGAUGCCGGCGCGUACGCCAGCGCCAGCCACGGCGCCGCCAUCGUCGACCCGGACGCGCCCAUCCCUAUCGACGAACAGAUCCACUCUAACGUCUGCACCGCCAACGACUGGUUCGAGCUCGCCCAAAACUCACCCAAGCGCAUCUCGCUCGCCCCGCCCCGCAACGAACCCGAGCCCGAGCCCGAGCCCGGCUCUGAUGCCGCUCCACCAUCGUCUGCAACUCCGUCGGCUGCCGCCGCCCUCACGUCUCGCCUCCGCGGCUGGCUCCCGUUCUCCCAGCCGUCACGAGGCCACGUCUGAUCGCUCCAGCGCCACCCACGGGUUAUUGUCCACAAAGUUGGCCUUGCACACCCAGCGGUCGCACCCCCGGGUGCUUGCCGCAGCUCUCGCUCCGCUGGUCGCUCCGCCGCCGAUCGGGGAACCCUCAAGCGCCGCCCACGGAUCCUCCAGAAAGUUGUCCUUAAAUACCCAUGAUCCGCC